AUGGCUACCCUCCCGCUGUCCAAUAUGUCCUCAGACUUGGUCUGGGAGAUUGUCCGAAACAACAAUUGCUUCUUAUCCAAGAGCAACCGCAAUGGCGGCGUCCAGUUCUCCCACGACCCUCUGAACCUUACCAACAAGAAUAGCCGAAAGCACGCUGGUUUCGUCAAUGCCAAGGCUGUCGGUAUCAUCCCCAACGAGAAGGGCGGCGUAACUGUCAUCAGCAAGAAGACCACGGAUGCCACCAAGCCUGCCAAGGCUUUCGUCAAGACCAUCUACGGCGGUAACAAGUCCAGCCGAAAGACCUACAAGGCUGUUGCCAACUUGACCUCCAAGUCCGGCUACCGCAGCGAUCUCCGAUCCGCCGCCGUCGAGCGUGUUUCCGCCAUUCGCCGAGCCCAGCGCCCGGUCAAGCCCGAGCCCGAGCCCAAGCUUCGAGGAAACAAGGCCAAGAAGGCUGAGGACUCAUCUUAA